AUGGGUGCAAUUUUCCAGCUGAUGGCUUUUGGCCUGGGUCUCCUCUCCGCCUUCCUCCUGGUCGUAGCCACCUGCACCGACUGCUGGAUGGUCAAUGCUGACGACAGCCUGGAGGUCAGCCUCAAGUGCCGGGGGCUUUGGCGGGAAUGUGUCACCAACGUGCAAGACGGCAUCCGGACUUGUGACCAGUAUGAUUCCAUUUUAGCCGACCAUCCACUGAAGAUCGUGGUGACCCGAGCCCUGCUGAUCGCAGCUGACAUUCUGGCCGGCUCCGCCUUGGUCAUGCUGCUGCUGGGUCUGGACUGCAUCAAGUUCCUCAAGGACGCGCCCCGGAUCAAGCUGCAGAUGUGCUACGCGGGCGGCUUCACGCUGGGCCUUGGCAGCGUCCUGGGCAUGGUGGGCUCUGUGUGGUACGCGGUGGACGUCUAUGUGGAGAGAGCCACUCUGGUGCUACACAACGUAUUCCUGGGAAUCCACUACAACUUCGGCUGGUCUUGCUGGCUGGGAAUGAUUGGUUCAACUGGUUGCUUUCUGGCCUCCGUCAUGCUGACCUGCUGCCUGUAUCUCUUCACAGAUGCUAGACCCCUCAGGAGAUCUCAAAGAUCCAACUGCCCCUCUGGGAGAACUGGCACCGGGCGGAUGUAUGUGAUAAACUCCCGUGUGUAAUUCAAUAGUCGUGUCUCCAAGGAUACCUGCCUUUGGUCCCUCUCUGUGUCUGCUGCUUCCCCAAAGCAACCAACGCAUCUGAGAUUGCGGGGCCGAGGCCGGCUCAUCUAUGCAGCAUCACUCCUUUUCUCUGGGUUUGCUUUUGAAGCGAAGGCAUCGUAUUAGAAUCCAGCUUGCGACGGAGAUGUAGAUGAUUUCGCUGGGGCUGGUCCUGCUUUGAGCAGGGGGCUGGACUAGACGUGUUCCGGAGGUCUCUGCCAGCCCUGAUCGUCGGUGAUUCUGAUUCUAGUUGUCUUUGACCUUAAGCAAUUCUCUCACUCCAUUUUCCUGGGCCUGGCUGUGUUUUCAGGGGAAUUAAUGGGCGUUGCUCUAGUGGUCUGCAGCAUGGCAGUGCUGCACACAGAGCCCGGCGUCAUGCGUGCAAGCUAUGAGCAUGUGCUGGAGAAGGUGCUGUGUCAGCAUGAUGAUAGACAUUCCAGGCCGGCGCCUGCUUAAUAACGAUCCAUCCAGAGGGGCAUCAGUUCGGAUUGGGUCUCCUUAUUCCAUUUUGCACCAGUCCAGCAGGAAAAGCUCGUUUGCCCGCUCGUGAGAAGGGGCCUGCCCUGAGUCUGAGCUCCCCCGCGUUGAGAGCAGUGGCGACUGUUCAGAAUCAGGUCCCAAGUGUGCCAGUUGCUGCAGGCAGACCAGGCACCCAGUGCAGACUCGAAGGGGCGCUGGG